CGUGCGUCCUACCUAGUGCCCUUCCGGUUUCUGAGCCGGAGUUCCGGUCGCUGGGCUUUUUGCCCUGUUACCUGGGACCCCCUGCGUAGGAGCGCCAGGUGUUUCCCCCCCCGGUGUCUCUGCCCCAUAGACCGACCUAUGGAAUCGCCUGGUCAGCCGCGAGGCCCUGGGUCCCACGGUCCCAUCGACGGGAUCACUGGCAAGGACUGAUAAUGAUUGCUCUCAUUCGGACCCAGAAGGGAAGAAAGAACAUGCGGAGUUAGUACAAGCUAGAUAAAUCAUAUGAACUCACAGCAGAAGAAUACAGAGUAAGCCAAGAAUGCAUGAGAGAGAGCUUCUUAUACAGAUGUUUGCCUUUUUCAAGUUUUGCCAUAGCGCUCACUCAUAUAUUAAUUCGUAAAGGAAUUAUUACACCUCAUCCAAAGUUUGGCGCUGUACCAAAAAUGGCAUUUGCAGGCAUCUGUGGAUGGUUUGCUGGGAAGAUAUCUUAUAUAAAUGUAUGCAAAGAGAAGUUUAUGAACCUAGAGGAUUCACCACUGGGAGAAAUUAUGAAGAAUGAAUUACAACUUAGAAAACAACACUCAGAACCUUCAAGAAGACCCUCCUCCCCUGAAAGGGCUCCAGCGACAGAUGUGCCAGAGUCUCCAAGCUUUUAUGAAACAAUCCCAUUUAGCUCUUCCAUGAAUGAGUCUGCUCCAAGUGGAAUUACAGACAGCAUCCCUCAAGAGCCUGAACGUGUGGAAGAAGCUCCGAAAAAGAAAAGAAUCACAUAUGAAGAACUUAGGAGCAGAAACAGAGAAGGAUAUGAGGCAGGAGUAAUGCAGAAAUCUGCAUCUCCAGCAGCCCCAGCCCCAGUAAAGGAGAAAGCCAAGGUUAAUAAGUAUGGAGAUGUUUGGGAAGAGUGAAAAUUUUGCACUUCUUCAAGACCUGUCUUUGGUCCGUUAUUUCAGCUUAAUCACUGUUGGUCAAAUAGCUGAAUGUUCUACUGUCAAAUGGAGAUAUAAUACAUCUACAAUAAAGAUAUAUUUGUUUCCCUUUUU